AUAUCCUGACAAAUGAUCAAGGUAUUAUACACAAAUGUUCCACUCCCACGAGAAACGUCUCAUUUUUUUUUAGUCUAUGGAACGAAAACUAAUCUAAAUUUAAUCUCUUGCUCAGUAACUAAAGAACAUUUGUCUGGCUCUUGGCACUAACGCCACACAUGGCGUGGAUUGGUGGGAGGAUCGGCUGUAGGGUGGUCCUAUCCGCCCAGAUACUGACAAGGAAAGUUCGACGGUCGGUCGCUCGAAACGCUUACACACGUCCAAUCCGUCGGUCGGUUUGUCGGUUGGUUCGCGUUUACAAGUGUUGAUGUCCGUUUCGCUGUGCUGCCGCAGCGGCGCUAGUUCCUCGCCUGUACCUGAUGGUGGCGCUGCCUGGUGGCUGGACUUGGAAUCCUCGAGCCCGCAGUUCCGGCGCGGAAGCCAGUCUGCAACCAGGCAGACGGCUACGAGGAUCAAAGUGCUGCUCACAGCCUACACCAUGGGUGCGCGGCCACUGUUGCCGUUACUGCUGCUGACGUCCCUGGCCGCAGCUCAGUUCUAUGAAGUCCCGCAGCCGCUCAUCCAGGCCCUCAAGCCACGAGGACUCCGAAUCUCCAUACCAGAUGACGAGGGGGUGGAGCUGUUCGCAGUGCACGCCAAUGUGAACAAAGCAAUCUCGCUGCUGGAGGCGGGGCAGAUCUCAGUGGACAUCACCAGGCCCAAGAACGGCCGCUGGGUCUAUGAAGACCGGCGCGUGCGCCUCAAGCCUGGCGACGUCAUCAACUACUGGGUGUACGUGCAAGCCGAUGGGAGGGGCUACCGCUUAGAUGACCAGACCUUCACUGUCUCAGAACUAGUUGAUCCUGACAGUGGAGUACCAGAUACUGGACCUGUCACACAAGGCACUACUAAACCAGUCACGAAUUCUCCACCAGUGACAAAACCAACAGUCACACCUAAACCACCAGAGAAGUGUGACAACACAAUAACAACUGUCAAUGGAAAGCCUGCUUGUAAGGGGCACAUCAUUUUCGAAGAUACUUUCUCGACACUAAAUCCAAGCAAAUGGCAGCACGAGAUACAGCUGGCGGGGGCUCCUGAUUACCAGUUUGUUGUGUACACAGACAGUGAGGAGAAUACUGUUGUGAAAGAUAGCAAGUUGUUUAUCAAACCCACACUGCUUUCUCCAGGUGACAGCAAUUACAUUUAUACUGGAAAACUUGAUCUGCCAAGUUGUACUAGCAUUCCAGAUGGACCAGAGUGCAAGAAAGUUGCUGAUGCCUGGUCAAUACUGCCUCCAGUAAAAUCAGCCAAACUAACCACAAAGCUCUCAUUCUCAUUUGCAUAUGGUGUCAUAGAAGUCCGUGCUAAAUUACCAAUGGGUGACUGGAUUUUCCCUGAGAUUUGGCUUGAACCAAAGGAAAAUUUUUAUGGACGUCGCAACUAUGAGUCAGGUCAGAUAACAAUUGGGAUGGCACGAGGAAAUGAAGAUUUAACAAAGGAUGGUGCUCAACUUGGCAACCACUUAAUUGAAGCAGGUUGCAGACUUGGGCUGAAUAGAAAAAUUCGCAAUGAGAUGUACUCCAGGAGUAGUGGAGCCCCUUUUGCAUCUGACUUCCAUGUUUACAAAGUUAUAUGGACUCCAGACCAGCUGGUGUUUGUUGUUGAUGGUACUGAAAUUGGAAAAGUUAGUCCACCAAUAGGUGGUUUUGGUGGUUUACAAGAAUUUGCUUCAUCACCAACAGUUCCUUGGAAAUCGAAACUUGCACCAUUUGACAGAGAGUUCUACAUUAGUUUGGGUGUUGGGGUAGGUGGAUAUCAAGAAUUUCCUGAUGGAUGUAUGUCACGCCAAAAUCCGAAACCCUGGAAAAAUAGGGAAACAAAGUCCAUGCUCUUCUUCUACAGAGCCUUAGACAAAUGGUAUCCAACAUGGGAUGCACAGAAGUCUUCACUGGAAGUGGAUUAUGUGAAAGUAUGGGCAUUGUAGUUCCAGCACCAUGUUUUAAAAUGAUUAAUGAAGUUAUUUAUAUUUAAAAAAAAUUGUAAUGAAGCAGCCAUUUUUCAAAUUUUAUACAGAGUUUUUAAUAAAUCUACCACAUUGUAGGUAAUGAAUUUAGGUUUUUGAAUUAAAACAUUAGCCUGAAUAUUUUGACAUUUGGCCAUGGUAAAGUGGAGUUAAUCCACCUGUUACUAUUCUACUCCUCAUAAAAAACUAUUUUUGUCUGAAUCUGUUGACACCCAUUAGUAAGUUUCGUGUGUACCUAAAAAUACCAAAAUAUAGUUAAUACAAUAAUUCACAUAAUUUUAUUACCAAUGUGAUAAUUUGGUCUUAAUUACUGAAUUAAGACAUAAUCAAUAAUGUGCUUGAAUUAGCAAAAUUUGAAAUGUUGAAAUUUUACAUAGAACCCUGUAAUUUAUUGCAUGGAUUUACAGUAUACUAAUCAGAUAGUCCUAUGAACUCAUUUACUUCUCUAAUCAGCUACCUCUGUAGUUAAAGUAAGUCAUCUGCAUAGUAAAUUUGCAUCCUGUAGUUUUGAAACAUGUACUACCAAACUCAAAAAUUCAAUAUGCCAGUAUAUAAACACAACACCUCCCCUGCACCACACAAAAAACAGGAAAGGAAAUUGUAUGCACCCAGUAAGCUUAUGGUCAACAUCUGAGUGUGUAGUAAAUAUCUUGUCCCAAAACGUAUAUGAACCUGUGGGUAAUACUCAUACGAGUAAAGUGUAUCUAAGUAGUAUAGGUUCAAUAUUCUGCACAGUGCAACCAUGCAGGGAUUCGUGUGAUUUCUUUGACAUGUUGAUGUGGAUAAACUACAGUGGUCUCAAUUUUUGUGAACUAUGUUUCUAAUGAAUCAACAUGCUCACUGUCUCUAGUUAUUUAACUCUUGAUAUGCGUUGUAGACCAGUGUUAAACUUAGUAAUGACAACAGUAAUAAAUUUGUUAUGAACUACCACUAAAUGUGAUUCUUGGAUUUAACAUCAAAAUAUUAUGGUAUGUACUUGGUUGGUUAAUGACUUUUUCUUACAAAAAUUAAUGGGAGACAUUUUAAAAGAAUAAUUUUCACAUGUUGGUAACAACCUGACAAUGUGCUGGAGGAAAAUAAAUGUGCCCUAUUACUGAAUGUGUAAA